GCUGGAAGUUGUUUCUCUGAGGUGAAGAAGGCCCACAAAAAAUUUAAGGCCACUUUCUGAAGUCCGUCUCAGUUCUGUCCGGAGCAAGAUUCGUACGGACCUUAGUUUGAAGGUGGCUACUGGCCGCAGACAUUCUCUCUUCCGGAACGAAAUCCGCGCAGACAGGCUGUUUCCGGGGGGUUGCCCGAGACUGGUGCCCUGUUGCGCCCCGCCCCUCGCACGGCCACGUCCUACCGGAGCCGCAGGGCUGGGCCGCCGACGGAAUCAUGGUAUUACUUGGUUUGACUUCAAGCCAUUUGUGAGACAUUAAGCCCUGAAAAUGGAAAACAGAGUAGGAUCCUUCUUAGAAGCUCUGUGCUGUUGCUGAUGGCAGAAACCAAAUCUAAUCCAGAGUCACUUCUAGCUCCUCAGAGCCUUUUUAGUCUGGGUUGCCUUGACCAUGGAUGGUGAAUCAGCUAAACAGGAUGACAUUUGGGAAGACAAGUCCAGCAGUGAUAUUUCAUCUUGCCCUGAUGCCUCACUGGAGACAUUGGGCUCACUGACACUACCGUCUGACCAACCAAACAGAGCUCAAUAUGCCAGUGUUGAAGUAAACAACAGAGUUUUUAGGGAAGGAGGAAGCCCAGAUAGAUCCAGCCAGGAGGCCCUCUGUCAGAACGGGCAGUUCCCAGACCCUCCGUUGUCUCUUGAUCCCACAGCAAGCCCAGUGGGACCUGAUGCCUCUGCAGGUGUGGAUGGUUUCCAUGACAACCUAAGGAAGUCUCAGGGAACUAGUGCUGAGGGCAGUGUUAGAAAAGAAGCUUUGCAGUCUCUCAGACUCAGUCUUCCCAUGCAAGAAACGCAACUGUGCUCCACUGCCUCUUCAUUGCCCUUGGAAAAGGAGGAGCAGGUCCGACUACAGGCCCGGAAGUGCCUGGAGGAACAACUGAUCCAGUACCGAGUAAAGCGCCAUCGGGAGAGGUCCAGUCAACCUACAACAAAAAUGAAACUUUUUAGUACACUUGAUCCUGAGCUCAUGUUAAAUCCAGAAAACUUGCCAAGAGCCAGUACUGUAGCUGUAACAAAAGAGUACUCCUUCCUGCGUACCAGUGUUCCUCGAGGGCCCAAGGUAGGCAGCUUAGGGCUGCUGGCACAUUCUAAGGAGAAAAAGAGUUCCAAGUCAAGCAAGAUUCGGUCUCUGGCUGACUAUAGAACUGAAGAUUCAAGUAACUCUGGAGGCCUUGGUUCCACUGCUGAUGCUGUUGGAGGUUCCCUGAAACAGAGUAGAAGCAGCACGUCAGUUGUAUCUGAGACUGAUAACCGUGUAGAGAGUGCCUCACUGACUGGGGAUAGCGUGUCGGAGGCUGAUGGAAAUGAAAGUGACAGUUCCUCACACAGCAGCCUCUCUGCAAGAGGGGCCUGGGGUGCCCUGGUUAAUGUGGGCACACCAGGAGCAGCUUAUGUGGUUGAUGGCCAGGAGAUUUCUGCUGAGGCUAUGGGCCAGUUUCCUUCGAUUAAAGAUGUACUACAGGCUGCAGCAGCCCAGCACCAGGAUCAGAACCAGGAAGUCAACGGGGAGGUGCAGAGCCGCAGAGACAGCAUCUGCAGCAGUGUGUCCAUGGAGAGCUCUCUUGCUGAAACACAGGAUGAAAUGUUGCAGGUUCUUAAAGAAAAAAUGAGACUUGAAGGACAACUGGAGGCUUUGUCAUUAGAAGCCAGUCAGGCACUUCAAGAGAAAGCUGAGCUACAGGCCCAGCUUGCUGCCCUGAGCACAAGGCUGCAGGCACAGGUGGAACACAGCCACAGCAGCCAGCAGAAGCAGGACUCCCUUAGUUCUGAAGUGGACACUUUGAAGCAAUCAUGCUGGGAUCUACAGCGGGCCAUGACUGACCUGCAGAACAUGCUAGAAGCUAAAAAUGAUAGCCUGGCAUCCUCGAACAAUGACCUGCAAGUGGCAGAGGAGCAGUAUCAGAGACUGAUGGCCAAAGUAGAGGACAUGCAGAGAAACAUCCUCAGCAAGGACAACACAGUGCAUGACCUUCGGCAGCAGAUGGCAGCCCUACAGAGUCAACUCCACCAAGUACAGCUGGAGCGCACAACACUGACCAGCAAGCUACAAGCAUCACAGACUGAAAUCACAUCUCUGCAGCAUGCCCGGCAGUGGUACCAACAGCAGCUUGUGUUGGCCCAGGAGGCCAGGGUCAGGCUGCAGGGAGAGGUGGCCCACAUCCAGGUUGGACAGAUGACCCAAGCAGGCCUUUUGGAGCACCUGAAGCUUGAGAAUGUGUCCCUGUCCCAUCAGCUGACAGAAACUCAGCAUAGAUCCAUCAAGGAAAAAGAGCGAAUAGCUGUUCAGCUCCAGAGCAUUGAGGCUGACAUGUUGGAUCAGGAGGCAGCAUUUAUACAGAUUCAGGAGGCAAAGACAAUGGUGGAGGAGGACCUCCAAAGGAGGCUGGAAGAAUUUGAAGGUGAACGGGAGCAGUUACAGAAAGUGGCAGAUGCAGCAGCAUCCCUGGAGCAACAAUUGGAACAGGUGAAGUUGACACUGUUCCAGCGAGACCAGCAGCUUGCAGCACUUCAGCAGGAGCACCUAGAUGUGAUAAAGCAGCUCACCGCCACGCAGGAGGCUCUACAGUCCAAGGGGCAGUCUCUUGAUGACCUGCAUACACGCUAUGAUGAGCUACAAGCAAAGCUGGAGGAGCUGCAGAGAGAGGCUGACUCCAGGGAGGACACAAUUCACUUCCUGCAGAAUGAGAAGAUUGUUUUGGAAGUGGCUCUACACUCGGCCAGGAAUGACAAGGAGGAACUUGACAGAGGAGCACAGCGUUUGGAAGAAGAUACUGAGGAGACAUCAGGACUAUUGGAACAACUGAGACAAGAAUUGGCUGUCAAGUCCAACCAGGUGGAGCACUUGCAGCAAGAGACCGCCUCAUUGAGAAAACAGGUGCAGAAGGUAAAGGAGCAGUUUGUUCAGCAAAAGGUAAUGGUAGAGGCCUACCGGCGAGAUGCUACUUCCAAAGACCAACUCAUUAGUGAGCUGAAAGCCACAAAAAAACGGCUGGACUCAGAGAUGAAGGAACUGAGGCAGGAGCUAAUAAAAGUGCAUGGAGAGAAGAAGACUGUGGAAGUAGAACACUCACGACUGCAGAAGGAGAUGUCCCUGGUUCACCAGCAGAUGGCAGAUCUUGAGGGGCAUCUUCAGUCAGUGCAGAAAGAACGAGAUGAAAUGGAGACUCACCUGCAGUCUUUGCAGUUUGACAAAGAGCAGAUGGUAGCUCUUACUGAGGCCAAUGAGACACUAAAGAAACAAAUAGAAGAGCUGCAGCAAGAGGCCAAGAAGGCCAUCACAGAACAGAAGCAGAAGAUGAAGCGGCUGGGCUCGGAUCUGACCAGUGCCCAGAAGGAGAUGAAGACUAAGCACAAGGCUUAUGAGAAUGCCGUGAGCAUUCUUAGCCGCCGCCUGCAGGAGGCCCUGGCUACCAAGGAGGCCACAGAUGCAGAGCUUAGCCAGCUCAGAGCUCAGAACACUGGUGGCAGCAGUGACCCUGUUCUACAUGAGAAGAUUCGGGCUCUGGAGGUGGAACUGCAGAAUGUUGGCCAAAGCAAGAUAUUGUUGGAGAAGGAGUUACAGGAGGUGAUCACAAUGACUAGCCAGGAACUGGAAGAGUCCCGGGAGAAGGUGCUGGAGCUGGAAGAUGAGCUUCAAGAAUCCAGAGGCUUCAGAAGGAAGAUAAAACGUCUUGAAGAGUCAAAUAAGAAACUGGCUCUGGAGUUAGAACAUGAGCGAGGGAAGGUCACCGGCCUCGGACAGUCUAAUGCAGCUUUGCGGGAGCACAACAGUAUAUUAGAGACCGCACUAGCCAAGAGGGAAGCUGACCUGGUGCAGCUGAAUCUCCAGGUGCAGGCAGUUUUACAGCGCAAAGAGGAGGAGGAUCGCCAGAUGAAGCAACUUGUCCAAGCCUUACAAGCCUCAUUGGAGAAAGAAAAGAUGAAAGUAAACAGCAUGAAGGAACAGAUGGCUGCCGUCAGGGUAGAAGCUGGACACAACCGCCGCCACUUUAAGGCAGCUACAUUGGAGCUGAGUGAGGUGAAGAAGGAACUGCAGGCAAAGGAACACCUGGUACAGACACUGCAGGCCGAGGCAGAUGAGCUUCAGAUUCGAGAGAGAAAGCAUUCUCAAGAAAUAGCACAAUUCCAGACUGAGCUGGCAGAAGCUAGAACCCAGCUCCAGCUCCUACAGAAGCAGCUGGAUGAGCAGAUGAGCCAGCAGCCCAAAGGGAGCCAAGAGAUGGAAGAUCUCAAAUGGGAAUUGGAUCAGAAAGAACGAGAAAUUCAGUCCCUGAAGCAGCAGCUUGACUUGACAGAGCAACAUGGCAAGAAAGAACUAGAGAGUACACAACAGACAUUGCAGACUAUCAAGUCUGAGUUGGAAAUGGUACAGGAAGAUCUGUCUGAGACCCAGAAGGAUAAGUUUAUGCUUCAAGCAAAAGUGUCUGAACUGAAGAACAACAUGAAAACUCUACUGCAGCAGAACCAACAGCUCAAACUGGAUCUCCGCCGUGGUGCAGCCAAGAAGAAAGAGCCAAAAAGUGAGUCCAACUCAUCCAGCCCUGCAACACCCAUCAAGAUACCAGACUGUCCUGUCCCAGCCUCACUGCUAGAGGAGCUGCUGAGGCCUCCACCUGCUGUGAGCAAGGAACCCCUCAAGAAUCUCAACAGCUGUUUGCAGCAGCUCAAGCAGGAAAUGGACAGUCUGCAGCGCCAGAUGGAGGAGCAUACCAUCACUGUGCAUGAAUCCCUGUCCUCAUGGGCUCAGGUGGAAGCUGCCUCUGCAGAGCAUGCCCACCCCAGGGGAGACACAAAACCACAUAGUCAAAAUAAUGUUUCCAGAGAAGAGCUGGGCCAAUGACUACUGUUGUCCUCAUCACCAAGUAUUUGUGACUGCUGAAGGAAUAUUCUUUUGUUAAUAUUAUUUAUUUGAUUGUGUGCUUCUGGUUGUUUUUUGGUUUUGGAGAGGUGAGAUUUAAAUUUCCCUCUACCUUUUAUUGAGGAUUAAAAUAACUGAAUGAGGCAAGGAUUAAAGAAAUAAGUCAUUUUAAACAACUAGUUUUUCCCAUGAAAUAACCAAAUCUUAAAAAUAUCAGAGUUUGGGGGAGACCGGCGCGGGGGGAAAAAAUAAAUAAAUAAAUAAAUAAUCGAAUAAAAUAAAUAAAUAAAUAUCAGAGUUUGGAUCACUAGUGUAAUCUCAAAGUUGUCUGAACAGUUUCCUGCAGAAGGAAGGAUCUUAUGUGUGGCUAUAAACAGAUUUAAGGGUGUUGCCAGGAACCUGUUCCUAUCAGGCACUACAGAGUAGGCGCAGUAGGCAUCAGCACCUAGAAGUCUUUACUGUUUUACUCAUUAAGACCUUUACUUUUCUACAAAAAUGAACUUUUAUUUGCACCUUUUGUUUUUAUUUCAUUUGUUUUUCAAACUAUUCUACC